ACUACGUAAUGUGCCGUGCUGCUUAUGGCGGCGCUGGUGACAGUGCUGAAAGCUGUUGGGUAUGAAGUGAAAAAGAAUUGAUUUUGUACCAUCCUGAAACUCCUACUUCAAGUUCAGAUCAAUCAGAAGAAACAAACCAAGGAAAACUGAAGAAACGCCCCCGAGGAACAACCCAAUGGUGCAACGACCCCGAAGACGCGACGGACCUUCACUGCAAUGAAACAAAUGAGCGAACCGUAACAACCAAACAAAGCAACCAAAGACCUCGUGGAAACAGGAACGGGAAACGACUUGGACCGAAGCGAGCGACCGUCGACAUUCACGGAGAAGACAUCUGAUCUGAGACAAGAAGUUUGUGCCUACUCAACAGCUUUGACAAAGCACACGUCCCAACGCUGCUCCAAGCCCUACUCAUCCUCCUCGCACCUCUGACUGCGCCAGGGUGCGGCGAGGGCUGCUGUCUGCUAGUUUAACCUUCUCUCUCAGUUGCCCCCCCACCCCCGUGUCCACCCCCCCAUCUUGCGCUGUUCAUCUUGUCCGAAGAAGUGUCUCCAUACCUGCCUUUUGGUUUUUUACCCCCUCCCCCCCACCUUUUUUUGUUCAUCCCUCCCCUUUUAGGGUGGUCUUUUUUUUCUUUUUCCCCCCCCCCUCUUUCUUUAAUUUUUUUUUUUUUAGUAGAACUUGUGCCAGAAAUCUGAAGCAAGCGAGUGUGUGCGUGCUUAAGAACAAAGAGUAUAAAACAUUGGUUCAGGGUUUGAGGGCCCAGCUCCUAACGGCAUUCCAGGACAUCUACGCAAGUGCCCUUUAGCCCUAAGCCCUCAGUUGAAGAUGGAAAGGGCACAGGCCAAUGCCCCUGCUUCCCCUGCUGCUGCCCCCGCCCCCUCUUCCAUCAGUCAGCCAAUCCCCCGUUCCGCCUCCGUCUCCUGCCACGCCUCUCGUGCAGCAGGAGGGAAGAAGCAUAAGCGUACUCCUUUGUACCAGAGAUCCAUGAGUUUCGACCCGAGCCUGCUACACAGCAACGGCUUCGCCAACGGCACGGGCGCAGGCCUGCGGGAGACGGGCGUGGUGGAGAAGCUGCUCGCCUCCUACGGUUUCAUCCAGUGCUCGGAGAGGCAAGCCCGCCUCUUCUUCCACUGCUCGCAAUACAACGGAAACCUGCAGGAGCUCAAGAUUGGAGACGAUGUGGAGUUUGAGGUGUCCUCUGACAGGCGCACGGGCAAGCCAAUUGCUGUGAAGCUGGUAAAGAUCAAGGCAGAGGUGUUGCCCGAAGAGCGAAUCUCUGGGCAGGUGGGGCCUGACUUGCACGCCUCUCCAUUUACUGUGCUGCAUGGUUAUAUUCAUCCAGUGGUGUCGGCCAUCUCCUGCCAGCUGGAUGGGAAGUCUGCACCCAGCCAGGUCCCCACCGGCAGCGUGUGUUACGAGAGGAACGGGGAGGUGUUUUAUCUCACCUACACCCCUGAUGAUGUGGAGGGCAACAUCCACCUGGACACAGGAGACAAAGUCAGUUUCUACAUGGAGACCAACAAGCACACUGGAGCAGUCAGUGCCCGUAAUGUAGUGUUGGUGAAGAAGAAACAGAUGAGGUGUCAGGGUGUGGUGUGCGCCACAAAGGAAGCAUUUGGUUUCAUUGAGAGGGCGGACGUGGUGAAGGAGAUCUUCUUUCACUACAGCGAGUUCAAGGGCGACCUGGAGACCCUACAGGCUGGAGAUGAUGUCGAGUUCACUAUCAAAGAAAGAAAUGGGAAGGAAGUGGCUACGGACGUGCGUCUGCUCCCCCAGGGCACUGUUAUAUUUGAGGACAUCAGCAUCGAGCAGUUUGAGGGCACCGUUACCAAGGUCAUCCCUAAGGUUCCCACCAAGAAUCAGAAUGACCCGCUGCCGGGACGGAUUUGUGCCAGGAUUAACUUUACCGAGAAGGAACUUCUAUUUGGGGAGAAAGACACCAAAUCCAAAGUGACUCUCCUGGAAGGCGACCACGUCCAGUUCAACAUUUCCACCGACCGCCGGGACAAGCUCGAGCGAGCCACCAACAUCGACGUCCUGCCGGACACGUUCCGCUUCACCAAGGAGGCCCGUGAAAUGGGUGUAAUAGCUGCGAUGCGUGAUGGCUUUGGCUUUAUCAAGUGUGUGGACCGAGAUGCUAGAAUGUUCUUCCACUUCAGUGAGGUCCUGGAGGAGAGCCCACUGCAUAUCUCGGAUGAAGUGGAGUUCACUGUCGUGCCUGACAUGCUGUCAGCCCAGAGGAACCACGCGGUCCGUAUCAAGAAGCUGCCCAAGGGCACGGUGUCCUUCCACACCCAGUCCGAGCAGCGCUUUGUGGGCACGAUAGAUAAGGAAGCGGCAGGCGCGUCUUCCACCAAGAGCGGCGCCAGCCCCAGCAAGGCCAAAGAGAAGAAAAAAGAAAAGGUUAAAGUUGAGAAGGAUGCAGAAGAAGGUGUGAUCGCAUAUGAGGACUGUGGGGUGAAGCUGACCGUGCCGUAUUACAUCAAAGACCUGGAGGCAGGAGUACUCCCUCAACAAGGAGACAAGGUAGAGUUUGCCAUCAGCGAGGUGAAGAGGACCGGCCAGCAGAGUGCCGUCUCCAUCAAGAUCCUCAACCGCACCACCAACACCAAGAGGCUCCUGGGCUUCAUAGCCACUCUGAAGGACAACUUUGGCUUCAUCGAGACCGCAAACCACGACCAGGAGAUCUUCUUCCAUUACAGUGAGAUGUGCGGUGGUGUGGACAGUCUGGACCUGGGCGAUACCGUGGAGUACACCUUAUCUAAAGGGAAGGGGAAUAAAGUCAGUGCAGAGAAGGUCACAAAAGUUCCACCUGUGAAUGGCGUGGGAGAGGACGUUAGCAGUGCUGUGUCUUUGGGGAAGGUGGUGAGGCCCCUGCGGAGCGUGGAUCCCUCUCAGACCGAGUACCAGGGCCUGAUUGAGGUCACAGAAGAAGGCUCCAGUAGGGGGCAGUGUUACCCGUUUGGCAUUGUGGGCAUGGCCAAUAAAAGCGACUGCCUGCAGAAAGGGGAGCUAGUGAAGUUCCAGCUGUGCACGGUGGUUCAGACCGGGCAGAGAAUGGCCUGCAACGUCGUCCCACAGCGCCGCGCACUGGUGGAGUGCGUGAAAGACCAGUUCGGCUUCAUCACGUACGAGGUGGGUGAGAGCAAGAAGCUGUUCUUCCACAUGAAGGAGGUGCAGGACGGCCUGGAGCUUCAGGCCGGUGACGAGGUGGAGUUCUCGGUCAUCCUGAACCAGCGCACGGGCAAGUGCAGUGCCUGCAACGUGCGCAGAGUCAGCGAGUGUCCUAAACCGGUGGCAACGCCUCGACCUGACCGGCUGGUGAAUCGCUUGAAAAGCAUCACCUUGGAUGACGCUAGUGCCCCUCGUCUGGUUAUCAUUAGACAACCACGGGGCCCGGAUAACUCAAAGGGCUUCAAUAUGGAGAGGAAGCCUCGCCAGGCUGGCGUGAUUGACUGACUACUGUCUGCUGCUCCUCCCUCUCUGCAAUGACUACAGCACCUCAGAGAACAGAAGCAAUCAAGCCUAAAGGACGGGGAUGGGUUUUGCACUGUUAAACACCAAUAAGACACAUGGAGUCACACCUAGGCACACCCACUUACCCACCCAUACACCAAUCAGCAUGUACACACCACCUCCCUGUCCCAGAAUCCCUUCCAAAAGAGUCCACUCAUCUCGUCUGACCUUUUCAUGUUAGUGUGGUGAUUGCGAGCUUGUCAUCGAUGCGAAUUCCCUGGUUGUGUGUAUGUGUAUGUUCCGUGUGAGUUACGUAUCGAGUAUUUAAAAAAAACAAACAAAAAAAAAAAAGGUAUGAGAAUGGAACGUGUUGAAGACCAUGUUGGAAAAAACCCGUUUUGUGGUCCAGCCCUGCCUAUGGAAGUCAGGCAUGGCGACUGCGAGGUGGUUAAUCUGUUCCAACCUCAGAGCAAAGUGGAAAUGUCUGGAAUUCUGUGCCUGCUCCUUUUGUCUCCACCUAUCUUCCCCGCGGAAGUGGGAGUGAGCCAUUUGGAUAAUUUGGGAUAACUUUGGUUCUUUCUGUCCUCUCAGUGCAAACCCACUCACCAUGUCAAGUAUGUCUCUUCCAGAUUGAGUCCUUCACUCUUUCAGGUGGUUGAUCUAUUAAUUUGGUUCAUUUCAUGAAAUGUUUUGUCCUGUGGGUCACCCCCCCCCCUUUUUUUUUUUUUUUUUCUUUUCUUUUACUGCUCAUUCGUUCAAUGCACAUUUCCAAGCCACUCGGGUCUGAAACAACGCCGUGUUGUAGACUAAGACUGCUUCUGUGUGUGAUGUUUGUGUAACUGAUUUGAUUUGUUUGAUUUUUUUUUUUUUUUUUUUUCCAAUCAAGUUUGAUUUGGUUCCGUUAAUUCUGUAUGCGUUUUGAAAGGUUUUUCCCCCCCAGCCUUGGUUUCCCAAACUCCGUUACCUUUGUUUCAGGUGCAGAAUUCCUAAUGGCAUCUAGCGUCCUGCAGUCCUUUUACACUCUGCCCCUUUCUUCCUUUGCACACCGUAUUUUUCUUACUUUCAUCUUUUUUUUAAUUUUUUUUUUUUUUAUUCUAUUUAAACUGUCUGCUAAUAAGUAAAAUAAAGUAAGAUUAAGGUGCCUAAAGUCUAUAAAUGAAACAAAUGACAAUAGAUGUAUACUCUAUCCACAGCUGGUCACCAAAAUAUACCAACAGUUUUAGGGUGUCUCUUUCUUUUUUUUUUAACCCCCUGCCCCCCCCUUUUCCCUCCAAGUAGAAUUAAACUGGUCUGCAUCCCAAAUAAGCGUGGAUAAAUGAUCCUAUAUGUAACGUGUGCGUUUUACUUAGUGGGAGGUUCAAAAUCCAGAAUAAAACCAAGUUGUGUAAUGUGAGAAAUGAAAGUGGAAUAUAAAACACAAGGUUCCAUCUGAAAUCUCAAAGAUCAGGAUUUCAAUUAUUUUGUGGAUAGAGACUUUGCUGUGCUUCUUACUGAAAAUCAGAAUAUUACUGUUAUGAACCUUCUCUGGAGAUCAGUGGGUUACUGUUGAACCACAUGUUCUCCUCUAUACUUUUGUUAAUGGUCUUGAAUGAAAUAAACGUUUUAUGAAAUUCA